UGAAACUCAUUAUUUUAAUAAGUACUCCUUAGCAACGAAACUUCCAAGUUCCAACUUCUCGAACUUCGUACAGCCGCGGUCUUCUGUACCUGCUGCUCACUGCCCAUGCUUCGAAAUCAUCCUUGUCUCACUCUCUCUCUCUCUCAUUAAUCUAGUCAAGAAUUAAUAAGUACUCAAAAAAAAAAAAACAAACUGGUUAAAACUCCUCUCAUUCUUACAUCUCACACUAUAAACUCACAUACAUAAUCUUAUUCUGCUAUUUUAAAAAGUUCCAUUUUCUCUCUCCUCCGCUAGUUUUUCACUGUCGGUGAUUUGAUCAAAAAAAUAAAAAUGGUAGAGACGGGAAACCACCAGCACCACCAUCCAACGCCGGGCCACACGGCGGGACCACCACCACCUCCGCCGGGCUCACAUCUACCUAUGGGUGCCGCUAAAGGCCCGGUUUACCCACCGCAAGAACAACUUACUAAUCUUCACUACUGCAUCCACUCCAACCCCUCUUGGCAUCAAACAUGCAUACUGGGUUUUCAGCACUACGUCGUGAUGCUUGGAACAAGUGUCUUGAUCACUAACUCCAUCGUUCCUUUAAUGGGUGGCAACGCUGGGGAUAGAGCUCGUGUGAUUCAAUGUCUGCUCCUUAUGUCGGGAAUUAAUACACUUAUCCAAACCUUGAUAGGGUCUAGACUUCCCGUUGUGAUGGGUCCAUCAUAUGCGUAUAUCAUACCUGUUAUGACAAUCAUCAAUGACAAUAGUGCUGGAAAUUAUGAUAGUGAACACCAGAGGUUUAUCCACAAUAUAAGGACUAUUCAAGGAUCUUUGAUAGUAUCAUCUUUUGUCAGCAUCAUCCUUGGAUUUAGCAAAGGAUGGGGAAACUUCACAAGGCUCUUCAGUCCAGUUGUCAUUGUGCCUAUAGUUUCACUUAUCGGGCUUGGUCUUUUUGCAAGAGGCUUUCCACAGCUUGCAAACUGUGUGGAGAUUGGCCUGCCAAUGCUAGUACUGCUGGUUCUUGUCCAACAGUAUGCUAAGCGUCUCCACCCUAGAGCACACCCUAUUUUAGAAAGAUAUGCCUUGCUGCUUUGCCUAGGAUUCAUCUGGGCUUUUGCAGCCAUCCUGACUGCUGGUGGCGUCUAUAAUAGAGUCAAGAAGCAGACUCAGAUGAGUUGCCGUACAGAUCGCUCCUUUCUCAUAUCUUCUGCUCCAUGGAUAAAAAUUCCAUACCCUUUCCAGUGGGGUUCCCCUAUAUUCAAUGCAGGCAGUGUGUUUGGGAUGAUGGGUGCAGCACUUGUUUCAUCAGCUGAGACAACAGGAACAUUUUAUGCGGCUGCCCGCCUAUCUGGUGCUACUCCUCCUCCAGCUCAUGUGCUGAGCAGAAGCAUAGGAUGGCAGGGUAUAAGCAUGCUACUGGAUGGGCUAUUUGGUACGAUUGUUGGUACAACUGCUUCUGUGGAAAAUGUUGGACUCCUUGGACUGACAUAUGUUGGAAGUAGGAGAGUUGUUCAAGUCUCCACAGCUUUCAUGAUCUUUUUUUCCAUAUUCGGAAAAUUUGGAGCCUUUUUUGCGUCAAUCCCUUUACCAAUAUUUGCUGCCAUAUAUUGCAUUCUCUAUGGAAUAGUUGCUGCCAAUGGGAUUUCCUUCAUUCAAUUUACAAACAAUAAUUCCAUGAGAAAUAUGUAUGUUUUGGGGCUGAGUCUUUUUCUUGGAAUAUCAAUACCGUAUUACUUUAUGAGUUACACCAUGGCAGCAAAUCAUGGGCCUGUCAACACUGGUGGUGGAUGGUUCAAUGAUAUAUUAAAUACGAUUUUUUCAUCACCUGCUAUGGUGGCCAUGAUUGUUGGGACUCUGCUUGACACCACACUAGAAGCAAGGGAUGCCGCUGUUGAAAGAGGUGUCCCAUGGUGGAUUCCCUUUCAAAGAAGGAAUGGCGAGGUGCGGAAUGAAGAAUUCUAUAGUCUUCCUCUGAGAAUCAAUGAGUUCAUGCCCACCAGAUUCAUAAAGUAGAAAAGGGCAAUCUUGCCUUGUACAUUAAGUUUUGAAUUUCAUCCUUAUCUUAGCUCUUUUGAAAUUUCUCCUCCCUUCUUUCAAUCCCUUGUGUAUGCAGUAUGCCGUAUAGAAAUGAUUUUUAUUGUUGAAACUUAAAAAGAAUUUAUUAGUACAGGUAUUAUGCAGUCUCA